AUGAACGGAAUCGAUUGUGAGGAAGAUGGCGCAAGUAUGUUCCUGAUGCCCCUAAAAAAGAAGCGGUGUCCAGUCGAUAACGACUAUCCACCUACCCAAGCUGGGCCGAGUGCUGCUCGGUUCGAGGAUUCAGUCGAGUGGAAAUGGACAAAGUGCACGUGCGAAAGUCUGUUCCGGACUUUAGGUCGGUACUACGACGAGACAUGGUUUCCAACCGUGAUUAACGAGUGGUGUCAGCUUUAUUAUCGGUGUAACCACGUAACUGAUUACUGGCAGCACCGGGACGAAUGGCUGGCUGGCGACGAGGAAGUCCGGCUAGCCGUGUGGGCUGAAGUGCUUAGGCAUCGCGACCAACACGACGCGAAUCAAAGCGAACAGAAUGAUACCGAUCUAAUGUACGUUGACGACCGAGUGGAUGCUGCAAAGAUAAUGGAAAUACACGGGGCCUUGAACGAAGCCAACGAUAGGAUCGAACUGAAACGAAUGGACGUACAACUCACGCCUUAUGUUGAGAAGCCAAGUGCUGCGGAUAGAAAACGGGCAGAAGUUGAAGCAGCAGAGAUAGCAUUAGCCGACCCGGACAACGAACCAGACUGGGUGGAUAUGAGACGAAAAAUGCGCGGCUCGUUUGCGGCAUUAAAUCUGGCCCAGUGCGAUGUCAGCGCCGAACUCCUGGACCACAUUAUUAUUGAGCUGUGCAAGUAUUGGGCCAAUGUGCCGGAAUUAGAGCACGUGAUUGAACCGCUUCUAGAGCGGAAUAUAAUGCGUGAAGUACAAAGCUUUCGGUUCAAACUAUUCAAUAUGGUAAUCGAUAUUGAACCGGAGAUCGAACAAUCAUGUCCGGAAACGGAGGAACCGGAACCAUGUUACAUACGACCGCGGUCAUCAUCCCUACCGCCACCACCACCACCAUCACCUGUGAUCUGCAAGAAACCGAAACCUAGAACGGCAAGCUGUCGCAGUCGCAGACCAGCUACCACAAAAUUGGCCGAAGCUAGAGCUCGGCAAAACGCCGCCCGAGCGCAGGAUCGCGAAAACGCGUCUAUGGGCCAAUGUCGUGACCGUAGGUAA